CACAGGAGGUGUGCACAAGGGUAGGAAAGAAGGGAGAGUAUAGGUAGGAUAUUGCUACAAGAAGAGAUGCAUUUGCAGGAGAAGCUCACUUCAAGCCUAUUUAGAAGGGUGGCAGUUGAAAGAUGAAGUAUGAAUAUGCAUACAGGAACAAAUGCCAUUGGGAAGUUGUGGGCAUUUACCUCUCGUUUUAUUAUUUGUGCCAAUGCUAGUGAAAGGAAAACUGUCUUUGAAGAAAUUUCCAUGCCAGACAAGUAACUGUGGAACUCGGUACCAGGAACCAGUGUUUUAGCCAGAUGUUUAAGAACAGUUAAGAAAUGACUGAGCAAGAAAGAGCAUUGGAAAACAGCAGCAAAAGAGAACUCCAGAAGAUAAUACAAUAAUAAGGCAAUAUCCUGUAUUUGUAAAAGUAGAAGAUGCAUAGAAACAAACUAGUUAAUUGAAACCAGAACAAUGAAGAUAAAAAUGCCCCAAACAGGCUUUCCACGUCUUUCGAAUCUGUGGACAAAUGAACAAAAACUAUCAGGAGACUUCGUGCUGGAGCGUGAUGGAUAGGAAGGCUGGCUGGCACACGUGCAGCGCUCAAGCCGACCGCAGACCCCCCGGACUCGAGCACCGGAGGUGAACGCUGUUGUUGACAAAACAGGCUGCGGUCUGGGACAGCUUUUCCUCUAAGCCUUUGACUCGCAGAGGAGGGAGAGAGGUAUAGGCCUCCGUUCCUGCUCCGUCAACACCUCUUCACACAGCAGUGGUGCAGUCCAGCUUGUCAACCUGGACGUGGAAUGAUGAAAUCGAGAAGCUUUUGGUUCUCUCUCGUAUUGCUUGGGGUUUUCCCGUCGGUCACGAGGGGAUGGAUGGAAUCGGACCGGAGCAGAAGGCUGUAUUCGGAUGCAGGGAGGUCGCAUCAAGAGGAAUCCAGAAGGUUUGAAGUCACAAGAAGAAAAGUGCUUUACGGGCAGGAUGGCCUGCACGCGUCCUGUGAGAAGAAGUACUGCGGCCGGGGCAGCAAGUGCGUGGUGAGCAGGGAGACGGGGCAGCCGGAGUGCAGGUGCCUGGAGGACUGCAAGCCCAGCUACGUGCCGGUGUGUGGAUCUGAUGGCAAAUUUUAUGAAAAUCACUGUCAGCUGCAUCGAGCCUCGUGUCUGCAGAGGAGGAAGAUCUACAUUAUCCACAGCAAGGACUGCUUCUUCAAAGGUGACGCAUGCUCAAUGGCAGACUACAGCCGGCUGAAGAGCAUCCUUCUAGACCUUCAAGCUCAUCGUCAGAGUCCUCCGAGCAGCCCUGCAGCGGACAGGACAUCCCAGAAGCGCUCCUUAGUUGAAGAUAUGUUUAAGUACUUGGAUAUAAACAGUGAUGGGCAUCUCAGCAGCUCUGAACUGGCUCAGGUAAUGAAGAAGGAGGACCUAGAGGAUGAUUUAUUAGAUUGUACACUAGAAGACCUUCUCCGAUUCGAUGAUUACAACAACGAUGGCUACUUAACCCUGCAGGAGCUCUACACAGCCUUCCAGGUGGUUCAGCUUAGCCUGCCAGAAGACCAGAAGAUCAGUGUCACCACCAUAACGGUUGGCCUGAGCACCAUGCUGACGUGCGGCAUCCGGGGAGCCCUGCGGCCCCCCAUCAUCUGGAAGCGCAACGGAGUCAUCCUCAACUUCCUCGAUUUGGAAGACAUCAACGAUUUUGGAGAAGACGAUUCCCUCUACAUCACCAAGGUAACAACUAUUCACAUGGGCAAUUACACCUGUCAUGCCUACGGCUACGAAGAGCUGUAUCAGACCCACAUCCUUCAGGUGAAUGUGCCGCCGGUGAUCCGCGUGUACCCGGAGACGCAGGCGCAGGAGCCCGGCGUGUCGGCGAGCCUCAGGUGCCACGCCGAAGGCAUCCCCAAUCCCCGCAUCACCUGGCUCAAGAACGGCGCUGAUAUCACGCCAAAGCUCUCCAAGCAGCUCGCCCUCUUAGCAAAUGGAAGUGAACUUCAUAUCAGUAGUGUUCGGUAUGAGGACACUGGUGCCUACACCUGCAUUGCAAAAAAUGAAGUGGGAGUGGAUGAGGACAUAUCUUCACUUUUCAUAGAAGAUUCUGCAAGAAAGACCCGCCUCAGUGUUGGGAAUAUGUUCUAUGUCUUUUCCGACGAUGGGAUCACAGUCCUUCAGCCGAACGAAUGCGAAAUCCGAAGACACGUCAGGCCGGAUGAGCGGAUUUUCGCCAGUUACGAAGAGAUCUGUCCCCGAGUCGAAGGUGAAGGCACUCGGUCCUGCCUCUGGGCUUCAGCAGUCAAUGUCAGAGACAAGUAUAUUUAUGUGGCACAGCCGAAGCAGAACAGAGUGAUGAUAAUUGAUACCCAGUCUCAGAAAGCCAUGCAGUCCUUGGAUGUUGACCCGUUACCAACCAAAUUACAUUAUGACAAGUCACACGAUCAAGUCUGGGUGCUGAGCUGGGGUGAUAUGCAGAAGUCCUCGCCAACACUGCAGGUAAUACCAGAGGCGAGCGCGGGGGAAGAUCAGCACGUUGUCCGCACACCGUUUGAAGGAGUGGAUGACUUUUUUAUACCCCCCACAAAUCUUAUUAUUAAUCACGUUAGGUUUGGCUUCAUCUUUAACAAAUCGCAAUCCGCAGUUCACAAAAUCGAUCUGGAAACUGUGACCCACAUCAAGACUAUCAGCUUCAGAAACUCCAGCUGCGUGCCGCAGGCCAUGGCUUACACCCACCUGGGCGGCUACUUCUUCGUGCAGUGCCGGAGGAGGACCUCUGCGGCCGCGGUGCCCCAGCUCCUUAUCGACAGCGUCACCGACUCCGUCAUCGGCCCCAACAGCGACAUUUCGGGCACACCGUACGUUUCGCCGGACGGCCGCUAUUUGGUCAGCGCAGAUGGAGACAGCGGCAGGAUCAAAGUCCAGGCUAUAACUGUCCAAGGGGAAAUCAAGUUGAUUUACGACUUACAAACGAAUGUACACGUAUCUGAUCUGACAUUUCAGCCCUCCUUCACUGAAGGCAAUCAGUACUAUAUAUAUGCUACUUCACAUUUGCAAACAGAUGUGCUUUUUGUAGAGCUGUCAACAGGCAAAAUGAAUGUACUGAAGAAUUUAAAGGACCCUGUCACGUCCAAAGACUGGCCCUGGAGCAGCUACAACAGAGUUAUGAAAGACAGUGGAUUAUUUGGACAGUAUCUCAUUACACCAGCUAAAGAUUCACUGUUUGUUAUUAAUGGGAGACAAAACACAUUACGCUGUGAGGUUUCAGGUAUAAGGAGGGGUAACACAGUGGUCUGGGUUGGAGAAGUAUGAAAGGGCAAUAACAGCAGCGCCUGCGGCAGGCAAGUACCGGUUGGACCUUUACACUGCAACAAAUGAGCAGUAGCAUUGUAUAUUUUUACACUGGGGAAAAAAAAAGAAAAAACAAAAAAAUCCUGUAUAGGCUUCAUGGUACAACACUGGUCUACUUGCAAGUUUUAUAGUAUAAGGUACGCUCUGCUGAUAGGAAGCGGUUUUGAAGGGAUAUUUCUUACUUGGGGGUUCUGAUUUGUGGUUAUGAGAAAAAUGCGGGGAAGCGAAUAAUAUCUCCACUGAGAUAUUGUAUAAGCCACGAAACCUAGCGAUUCUGUAGAACAAAACAGGUUUUGAGUUUCCAUCCUGAUGAGUUCUCACGUUACGUCCACGCCAUCGGUUUUCCUUCCUUUCCACCAGGUCCUGAACGCCUUGCCCGUUCGCUGGGCCGGCUGCCCCACCUGGACCCACAGGGCCCAUCGAAGCAAUGGCUGCGGUUAAAAUUCACCUUUGGAUGACGGGGGAAGCUAGGCAUCACGGAGAGCGGUUUUCGAAACACGGAAAUCUGGGAGGGAGGUUUAAUGAAAGAAGUUUUCUCUGCAGGACAGCUCUGGAAGGAUCCUGGAUGUGAUUUUGGAAGCAGGCGUAACUGUCAGCACGCUUUCUUCUGGUCUUUGUGUUGCUCUUGGUGCUACUGACAGCGAUGCUAUGAGAGCCCCACUUCUUCUCAUACAUAUUUGUAUGGCUGUGUUUGAGAAAUUUGUCUUGAAAUGUGGACGUGAGGGUGGUUUAAAGCCCAGAAACACUGGGAGGGUCAGAGUUUUUAAGAAGUUUUUUUUGAGAAGUUAGUGGUGCAUCAGUCUUUGAGCAGCUCGUGAGUGCGGUCGGCCUGGGCACGGUGUGCUGAAGCUGCCCUUCGGCGGGCGGGGGUUAGUUAUGGAUGUUCCCCUUGGAGGCAGCAACACUUCUAGAAAUUGUUAGCUUCUCUCAUUAAAUAUUUACUGGCACUGAAGUCACUUGGUCCUUCAUGAAAUAACGGCUACCACUACAGUAGUGUAGUUUUAAGAGAAGACUUUCACACAUUGUCUAGUCACGGCCUUAAUUUGCCUGUUUCUUUUCAGACAUUCUGGGAAACCAUUUUUCUGUGUAUUUUUUUCUUCUCAUUUAUAGUACACUUCUUUAUAGUCAAUUAUCUUUUAGUUAUGAGCAAAGAGAUUCAUGUAAAACCAGCUCAAUUUCCCACGAAUGCAACAGCUGGCGUAGAAAUUUAAGUUGAUUUCCCAUAGAAACACAGAUCCAUUUUUGCACAUUUGCAAAGCUGCAGAAACUUUUCUGGUUCCGUUUUGUAACUUUGUACAGUCCUCACGGUGGAGUGAUCGGGGCGGGAGGCUGAGUGGCCCUACGGCCAGGCGUCUCCGAGCGCUCAGAGCCCACACACCGCUUUGGAGGUGCAGGAGUCUUCACGGCGGUGAAAGGUCUCCCUGGAGGUGAACAUCUGCGUCAGAGCCAUACGUUGGCCUCUGGAAGGGCGGUUUUGAGGAUGACCUCGUUGCCCAGAGUUUGUACGAAAGCAGCUGCUGGACCUUGCCGGUGACGCCUUCAUGGUGCCGUUAUUAUUUUCCAACACAGAUGCUCGGAAGUCUCCCUUUUCACAGUACACGCAGAAGGCUUUUAGAUGAGAGGGAUGCAGACUAACACUGGUAUUCUUUCUUUAAACAGUGAACUUGCACCAAAAGGGUAGCAUUUUAGGACAGCUGUAGACCUGAAGUAGGUUAAACCGUUUCAGUUCUAUAAAGAAUCUAUGAAAAUCUGUUCAGACAGACGAAGAAGAGGAGAUGAAUCCUAUGAAUUCAUUAAACAUGGAAUCCUUUAAUUGGCCCUUGCACAUCCACAGGCUGAGCCCUACGUGUAUUUUCUCUUAUGAGCCAUAGGGGUUAGAAGAGACUAUCCCGUCGUCGAAACACAUACAUAAACAGCUUGGCACAGCCUUCCUUUAGCAAUGCAUGAUGUCCGUGAUUUUCUACUCAUCCAGUUAGGAAACAUCCACGUGUCAAGGAAAGGAGGAGACCAGCUUUGUAAGUACCUUUAAAUAUGCACAACUCCUUUCUGGAACAAAGCUGUAUCCAUACAUUGCAGUCAUCCUAAACGUGUUUUACUGAGGCCAAACACUGCUCUCGUGUUAUCUUUUAUGACUUCUUGAAUAUUUUAUUAUGCCUAUGGUAAGUUUCCCUGUAGAGAUGUUCAUUGUGUCAUAGAUCAAGCAAAUAUUACUUUUUUAAGACUAUUUAAAGAAAUUGUAAAUAUCUGUUCAGGUAAAUAUUCUUGAGGCUGGUUUAUAUAUAGGCUGUGAAAGAUGUGUAACAGACCUCACUUCUUCCUGUUUGUCGCAAAUUAUUGGAAUAGCGUUCACUUGAAAACUCCCCCUUCGACCUUCCAAAGAUGUUCCCUUUCUUCCCUCUUCAGCCCAAGUUCUGGUGAUGUGUUUUCUAAAUUAUCCUGACGGUUAUAUCUCAUACUUAGAAAAUGAAGUACAAUUUAGAUUGUCCACACUCCUUGUGAACAGUUUCAAUGACAGUCAAAUCUGACAUUAAAGUGCUGCACAUUUGUUACUCUGAUUUUUUUUUUUUUACAACACAAGUUUUAUCUGUGCUCAAAAAAUGCUCAACUCAUUUUUGCCUUUCAACUCCCGUUGCAAGGAUGCUCCAUUUCGUAUCUGCAGUUGUCUGCCGCUCUCCUGGUGUGCUCCGCCGAUUCACGAUUAAUUCCUACCUAAUAAAUUACUAAUCACAGUGA